CCCUAUAUCAUCCAACUCUGAUGAAAACGAGUUGAUCGAUUUAUUUAUCAAUGUUAUCCUAACAAAAAUGAUAUCAUUCAUAUCUAAAUAUGUUGAUCUGCCUUGGUUCAGGUAAUGCGGCAACAAAUGAUUAUAUCUGUUUUAUUAUAUGUUUGUCUAUCUGAGUAAUCCUUAUUCCACACCGUCACCCGUCAUCAACGUGCGACCGAAACGACUCAUGGCAAAAUUAUUUUCAGUGGAAACCUCCAUGUAGUGAUAAAUAUUGCAAUUUGCAAAUUAUUAUGGUUUACUUGGCCUACCUUGGGAGGGAGUAUGGCCUUGCCAAAUUAGGAGUUGUGAUAGUUGGCGUUGUAAUUGUCGGUGUCGGAUGUCACAGCUACUUUUCCUCUCCUUGGGUGAAAAAUGAAGUUUACCAGAUCUGCGAUCUUUUAAAAAAUGACACCUCCAUCAAAGUAGACGCCACUUGUCCGAGCCUUCUUUUAGAGAAAGUCUUCAUUGUCGUAGCCCUCUUCACCUUUUCACUCUCACUGCUCGGCCUGGUCGGAAACCUUUUCAGCAGGCAGUUGUCCCAAACCUUUUUCAAGCUCGCCGACAUCGUAUAUAAUGGCAUCACUGGCCUUCUAGUCAUUGGCACUGGCUCCAUGUUUCUCUACUCUGCCAUCUCCAUUGACAAGUUAUUCACCGAAAUCGGGGAGAAAGUCAUCCCGUGUGUGGCUGAUAUCGUGACGAACAGUACGUACCAACUGUACGAGGAGAAAGUGGCUGCUGGGUCGCUAUCCAUCAUUCAAGGCGUCAUCUACUUUGGCGUGGCCGGCCUUCUUCUCCUCCGUGCUUAGAACGAACGGACCGGAAUAAACUGGAUGGAUGACUUAGUGAAGACGUGCUUGAAUCGGUUGACGUGUCGAGAUUAUCCCAUUAUGUAUGUGGUUGGUGGUGGUGAAAUGCAUUUCGUUUUAUGGAAUGCCUUCCUCAUGAAUGAUGGAAUUGUAAUAGCACCUCAUGGAUUCUUGGCACUUAUACUUUGCUUUUUGGCCCUCGCUCACUCACUCGAAUGUACGUGUUGAUGUUGUGACUCUGGUAUUUUUUAUUAUUCAUGAGUGUGUCAAAGUGUGAUAAGAAGACGACGACGACGACGACAACGAUGAUGACCGAUGGAUGAUGAGUGUUUACAUAAAUAUCGGUGGAUGGAAAGUAACCCAAGCAAAUGGGUAUGAAAUUGUACCAAGAAUCCUGUCCAUUUACAAGUGUUUCAUCCUGGUUAAUUUAUGCAUAGAAUAUGAUGCACAAGAUGAUGAGGAUAUAUAAUAAUAUGCUUUUUAUAUGGUAAUUUAAUUUCUCCAACAACUCAAUAUUUUAUCGUCGUUCCGUUGGAUAUGUGUUCACUUUGAUAAGUACAGAUAUUCGCAAUGUUAAUAAGUAUGUGAAUAUGGCAGGAAAGCAGGCCUAAUAUUUGGACAGAGUGGUUUUUAGUAUAUUCUUACAUGCUUGUGACAUUUGGUAAUUAAUUAAUGUGUUAUAAAUUGAACACUUUUCCUACUUCAGUGCAUACAUCAGUAUGUACAUGCAUAAGGACGAAGAAGAUUAUAUAAUAUUAAUAAUAUUCAUGCAAAUGCUUUUCGUGCUGGCAUGUCAUGUUUGUAUUUAAGAUGGCAAUUCAUCUUAUUUAAAUAUAACGACUGAUAUGUAUGUAUGGAUCGCGGAUUAAAAGAUGUUUAACAAAUACUCAUCGUAAGAAGAGAGCGUAAAGUAAGUAAGUACAUGGUUCGACAGUAUUAAUAAAAUAAUGAAAAUUAUUACCCUAUCAAAUUUUAUUUUCAAGACUUUUACCUCAAUGUCAACUAAGCAAUCUUAUUCCAAGCAAUAAACCCUUUAUCGUCCUACUUUCCACAAAAAAGAACUCACAUAACAUAAUUUUCUCUCCGAGGAAAAGUUGAAUCUCUUCCUUUCACCAGGAAUACUUUGUUCUCCAACUUUUAAUGGGUUUUGAAUCCCGGGUUAUUUAGUUUACCUAUCUAGUAGUUAAACUUUGAAGAAAAACUAAUAACAUCAUCAGCAUUAUGACGCUUGCGGAGGACGACUAUGAUUUUUUUCGGCUAAAAGGCUGUCAACUGAACGGGUCUGGAAAUAAACCGGAAAUUAAUACGGUUGACAGUGCGCAAACCUACUUUCCCCUUUUUCCUCUGGGAUUUCUCAUCGUGGUUGUGACGCUGGGGGGGAUCACGGGAAAUGUAAUUAGUGCUUAUGUCCUGACACGGAAGAAACUUCGGUCCUCAUCCUACUCCGUGUUGACCCUGGGACUCACCUUGGUCGACACGGUGUAUCUCAUCGUCAAACUAAUGAGGUACGGACUCCUCUCCAUAUUCUCACAGUUCCAGAUCUUCAACGACUACACCAACGUUUUCCUCCCCAUGUACGGCCCCUACUUGAGGCCGCUCACCUUCACCGCACACACCGCCAGCACAUAUAUGACUAUAGCCAUUGCAUUUGACCGGUAUCUGGUCAUAUCUAGACCACACACGGCGAGGAGAUUGUGCACGACGAAGAAGGCGAGACUGUUGGCAAUGAUUAUGAUCUUGUUUUCAGUCCUGUACAACAUUCCUCGGUGGUUCGAAUACCACACGGUGACUUGUACGAGUGAGGAUGAGGAUGGCGAAGGCGAGAUCCGGUAUCAAAUGGUCAUUUCCGAACUGCGGGAGGGCAACAAGUACUACCGGAAGUACUACAUUUUCUGGGCUUAUAUCACAAUAAUGUUCUUCUUUCCCGUCAUUACGUUAACGAUUAUUAAUUACCUGGUGUGGAAGGGGUUGAAAGACAUCAAAAAAGGUGGUUUAACCCUUUCGACCACGCAGUCAAGAGACACCUCUUUCUCCACCAUGUUGAUCGGCGUGGUUAUCGUCUUCCUAAUUUGCAACUUGGACUACUUGGUGUUGGACUUGUUGGACUACACGGGUUAUCGGUAUCCCACAAUUUGGAACGAUGUUGGGAACUUUCUCCUCACGGUGAACUCGGCCGUUAACUUUUUAAUUUAUUGCCUUUGCGGGCACAAGUUCCGGGACGAGUUGAGCUCCAUAUUUGACAAUUUGGGAUGCAUGGAUUGCAGCAGGGCGUUGGGGACCCAGUCACAAGAUAUCUUUACAACCACAGGUGUCUGGAUUCGCGACCCUCCCCGUCGUGAUAAAAAUCUUGCUCGCGUUGUAGGAAAUCACAAUAACGAGUUUUAGCUGGGAGCCAAGACAUCAAGACAAGGAGAAAGUUGUUCGCAUUAAUAUUGUGAAUGCGAUUUGGUCCAUUAUUUCGUUUACUUUUUGUAAAAGGCAGCAAUAAUUCUCAACUUUCACCUUUUGCUUUUUCUCCCUUUUGUAUUAUUAUAUGGUCCAAAGAACAAGUAGAAUAAAGUUGAGAGAGCCAAAAAGCAAGAAAA